UCGUUGUGUACUGUUCUAGGUUUUUUGCUUAAGAUCAAAACCUACUGGGAUUUAUCUCAACCAUAAACUUCAUGCUCUGUGCGUCGUGCAUGCGAGGUUGUGACUUUGAAGCUUGAUGUAUUCGUGGCAAACAUUGUGUUGAAACCGUCAAUCGUAAUCUUGUAUUGACUUUGAUGAUUUGUUAGAGGUUCCUGCUCUGUUUAGUCACUAGCAGCGUCGUCAGGGUUUGUGCUUAUUUUGGACUUGAAUUAAAUAUUGGAAUUGAUCGAAGCACAAAAGGCUAUAGGAGUUAAUGGGAAAAAUACAUUUGGGAAUUUUUGCUAGAGUGGAAAGAUAUAGCAAAGACCAAAGGGCAAGUCCUACCGAUGAAGAAUGCUGGUUUACAAAAAACUCGCCAAGGAUUGAUUUCCUGGAGAAACAAAAAAAAACGAGGCUAAUUUCACAGACUGUUUAUCGCUCAGUACCUGGCUUUAAGUUAAAGGAAACUGAUUAUUUACGCCCUAUGACAGGCAAGGAGUCAAUUAAGCGUCAACACUUUAAGAAAUUACUUCCUAAAAAAAUAGUCUUCCAAAAGCUUCCUUUGUCAUUGCUCAAGACAGCUCAAGGCCAUCCUAUGUUGGUGGAGUUGAAGAAUGGGGAAACAUACAAUGGACAUUUAGUGAACUGUGACACAUGGAUGAACAUACAUCUAAGAGAAGUCAUAUGUACAUCUAAGGAUGGUGAUCGUUUUUGGCGAAUGCCUGAGUGUUACAUCCGUGGGAACACUAUCAAAUAUCUACGAGUACCUGAUGAGGUUAUUGACAAAGUUCAAGAAGAAACGAUUAGACGUAUAGAUAGAAAACCUGUUAUUGCUAAUCGGGGAAGAGGAAGAGGAAGAAAUGAGGAAGGUGGUGGUCGAGGACCAACAAAAACUGGAGGUCGAGGAGCCCCAGAAGAAGGGGGAGGUAGGGGUGGACGUGCUAGAGGAGGUGGAAGGGGAGGAACUGGAAGAGGGGGUGCCCGUGGCCGUACGUGACACUUUUUUUUAUCAGUGUGAAAGCAACUUUGAACAAUGUUCUUUGAUUCAAUUUGCUGGAUGUGUUGAUCUUUUUUAAGAAAUUUGUACAAUUACGUUCUAUGGUCUUGCUAACCUGGCUCCUUGUUUUGCAUGGCUAAGUAUUUUGGAUGCCAUAAGCUAGUGAUGAGUUUUUCUAGACUUAAUUGUGUUGGUGCUUUCUGUAGGCAUUAUUAGAACUCAGGGAAUUUCUGCGAGAUAUGUAUAUCACAUGUAAAUACCUAUUGAAGAUUUUAAGACUUGGUUAAGUAUGUCUUGAUUAAUUCGAUAAGAGACGAGUAUUGAUUAAAUCAAUGAGAGAUGAGUACAACUUGUCUGUUUUGAUAUCAA